AUGGACAAACUUGAUAAAAUAAUUGCUUAAUUAGAUGAAUUAGAAAUUAGUCAAAAGCAUAGAGAAGAUUUGAUUAAGCGCAAUCAAAGUACUUAAAUACUAAAGUUACCAAAAGUAUAAUCAAUAGAUUAAUAUAGGUGAUAUUAAUUCAAAGAAUUUGUGGAUUUUUGGAUGACUAAGAUCUAUAUAGAUUUACAGCUACUUGUUCAUCAAUGAGAAAGAUAAUGUUCUGUCCUUUAGGAUUUAAAUUAUUGACUUUAAGUCGAAAUGCAUAACAUAUAGUUGGAGGAACCAAAUAGCAAUAACAAUUACUUAAGAAAGAAAAAUAAGAGAUUAUUUCAAGUGGAAAUAUAUCUGGAAAUAAUAGUAUAUUUGAUUCAGAAGAAGAUGCAUUGGCUCAAUUAUAAGCAUUAAAAUCUGUAAAAGAAUUUUUAACUACUAAACUUCAAUCAUCUUAAGCAUAAAUAUAAAAUUUAGAGGAUUUGAUAACUGAUUCAUCUGAUACAUUAAAAUAUGAGAAAUCAGUUAAUUUAAAAUUGCAAUCUAAAAUUAAUAUAUUACAAAACUAACUCUCUAUUUCUGAAUUACAAAGACAAGAUGUAAAAGAAAAUUUAUCUGAAUUAAAUUCUAAAUACAAUAAGAUAGUAAUUCUUAUUUCAAACUUUAGAUUAGCUAAAUGGAAUAGGAUAGAGUAGCACUCUAAGAUGAGAAAGAUAAAUUAUUGGGUCACAAGAAAGUACUUGUUCAAGAAGUCUAUAGAUUGAGAGGAUAGGUUUCAUAAAUGGAAGAGGAUCAAAAUAAUUAUCAAUCAGCUCUAAAAUAAGUUAAAUCUUUUAUGGAUACAAUUGAAUUGAAACCUAUUUGA